AUGGCAAAGUACGGCGAGGGCGACAACCGUUGGAUCGUGCAGGAUCGAGCGGACGGCGCGAACGUGCACAACUGGCACUGGGCGGAGAAGGACUGCAUGGAAUGGUCGCGGCGGCGCCUGGGGGAGCUGAUUGGCGGGCUGACGGUGCUGGAAGGGGAAGGCGGGUGCUGGAUCCGCACGGGAGCGAUUGAAAAGGUGGAUGGCGAGGCGUAUGUGAACAUUCGGAAGGGGAAGAUCAUUCCCGGCUACGAGCUUCACGUCCGUCUCGGCUGGGAGGGCGAGGUCAAGGACUCCGCCGACGCUCAGCCCGUCGCGUCCGUUAAAGGCUUCGUGGAACUGCCUUAUAUCGCGGACGAGAACCACGACGAGGAUCCCGAGGUGAAGAUUGCCCUGGCCACGGAAUCCGCAGAAGGAAACGGUGGAGGGUCGGCAGCAGCCAAUAGGCUGCGAGAUGCGAUGCUGGCGCGAGGCAAGCCGCUUAUUCUGGAGAGAAUCCGCACGUUCGUUAAAGACAUCCAGGCUGGUGGUCCCGCCAGGGACGAGUUAGAAAAGGCUAAGGUAGUGAAACCAGCAGCGGCGGCGUCAACAGCAGCACCAGCAGCAGCGCCUGCAGCAUCAGGAGCAGGAGCAGCAGCAGCAGCAGCGGCGGCAGGAGCAGGGUCUGCGCCUGCUGCUGCUAAAACCACCGCGAGCACAGCCCCAACCAGCAAGAGCAAGAAAGAGAGCAGCAGCAGCAGCGGAGCUGGGAAGAAGUCGAUUGCCAUCACCCAGAGGUUCCACUGCCGGCCGUCGGAUCUGUACGAGACGCUGAUGGAUGAGAAGCGGUGGAUGGCUUUCACUCAGUCCAAGGCGAAACUGUCGCGGGACAUAGGGGGUACCUUUUCGUUGUUUGAUGGGUCCGUGACAGGUGUCAACCAGCGGUUGGACGAGAACAAGCUGAUUAUGCAAAAGUGGCGGUUCAGUAGCUGGCCCGAUGGGCAUUACUCCACGGUGUGCAUAACCUUUGAGGAGCCUCAAGUGGGUGACACCAUUCUGCGGCUCACACAAACCAACGUGCCUGAAGAGGACAGGCCUCCAGCUGACAGCAACAGUGCUGUUGCGGACCCUGCUGCUGCUGGCGCAAGUGAAAGUAACACUGGCGACAAAGUCAGCGGGGUCAGUGAGAGCAGCAGUAGUGCUGACAGCGACACGUGGGAGGCUCGGAUUCGCGCGCUGGAAGAACAGCUAGAAAAAACGAACGUGGAAACUGCGUUCCUGAAAGCGCGGAACACGGAGCUGCAGGCUCGGCUGUUAGCUAAGGAUAACGAGGUGCGCCCUCAAGUGGUGAAAACCAGACUGCCUGUCUCAACCGCAGCAGCAAAGUCAGCGGGAGAAGCGGAGAUGAGAGGAGGAACGGGAGGGAUUGGCGGUAGGCUACUCAAAGCCCGUGCCAAUCAGUCUCCUCUCCCCCGCCUCCCCUCCGCCUCCUCCCCGUGGAAGCCCAUCCCCCGCCCGCCCAUGCCGUCCCCCGCCUCCCAAGCGCCUGCGCAAUCCAAACCCCAUGUUCUGAGCCGUGUAAAGCAAGAGCCUAGAGACAGCAGCGGUGGGCUACAGCACACGGGCGUGGUGCAGCACACGGGCGUGGUGCAGCACACGGGCGUGGUGCAGCACACGGGCGUGGUGCAGCACACGGGCGUGGUGCAGCAUGAGGGGCGGAGAGACGAGGGCUUGUCCGUGAAUUCGCAGUCAGGUCUGGGACGCCAUGCCGGGAUGAACACUGGGAUGGGGAACGCGGCUGCUGAGGGGGGUAUUGGAAUGGGUACGGGAGUGAUUAGUGGGGUGGAUGUGGAGGUGGGUACAGAGGCGGUGGCGGAGGGAGGGGUGGUGCUGGUGGUGCGGCCGUGGGACAGUGAGGGCGUGGCACGGCUGCAGCAGGAGCUGGCAGAGGCGCAGGCGGUGCAGCAGGCAACAGCGGGGAAGCUCAAGGCGGUUGAGCAGCAGCUGGGAAGACUCUCUGCCGUGCGAGAGGAGGGUUACCAUGUAACACAUGCGGUUCCUGUGCGGCAUGUGUACACUCGCAGCUGGGUGUAG